GCCAAUGGCGGAGUUCAAAAUUCUUGUGUUUACUGUCAUGCUGUCAAGUUUCAAUGCAAACCCGAAAAAACAUUUUUUAUUGAUCAAACUUUUAUAGUAACUACCUGAUAAAUGUUGGAACACGCAGAAGUUUCUCGAAUACGUAGUAGAGAUGUUUAAAAACACUUUUCAGUCCGGGUUUUUGUCAAUUCUUUACAGUAUAGGUAGCAAACCUUUGCAAAUUUGGGACAAGAAAGUUCGAAAUGGGCACAUAAAACGAAUAACAGACAAUGAUAUACAGAGCUUAGUGUUAGAAAUAGUCGGAACCAAUGUCAGCACUACAUAUAUCACUUGUCCCGCUGAUCCGAAGAAAACUCUUGGCAUCAAACUACCGUUUUUGGUUAUGAUUAUCAAGAACCUCAAGAAAUAUUUCACAUUCGAGGUUCAGGUUUUGGACGAUAAAAAUGUACGCAGGAGAUUCCGAGCAAGUAAUUACCAAUCAACUACUCGGGUGAAGCCAUUUAUUUGCACCAUGCCUAUGCGUUUGGAUGAGGGGUGGAAUCAGAUUCAAUUUAAUCUUGCUGAUUUUACGAGAAGGGCGUAUGGCACCAACUAUGUUGAGACUCUAAGAGUCCAAAUUCAUGCCAACUGUCGUAUAAGAAGAGUCUACUUCUCAGACAGAUUAUAUUCAGAAGAUGAACUACCAGCAGAGUUUAAACUCUUUCUUCCUAUUCAGAACAAGGCAAAAACGGCUGUUGCUACUUGAAAAUCAAACUGAUGUUACCUUAGUAAAUGUAUUUUAUAAGUAAAAUUUAUUUAGUUUUUGUUUUAUGAAGCUUCAUUUCUUAAUAUUCAUGUAUUUUGUGAUUUCUCACAUCAAUAAACAUACAGACAUUUAUAAUA